GACAUUACAGUGCCUUUUAUCUCCACGACAAUACAUCGACGAAGCUCUUUAGCAUCUUUAGCAUGAGCUAACGUGAUAGCAUCUGUCUCAAAUGCAGAUAGAAACAAAAUAAAUAAAUCUCUGACUGGAAGGAUAGACAGAAGAUCAACAAUACUAUUAAACCAUGUACAUGUAACUACACGGUUAAUAGAUCUCAGCCUGGCAAAGCUUAACAAUGCUGUUGCUAACGACGCUAAGGCUAACUUAGCCACCGGAGCUAUGAUAAAAACAUUAGCGCUCCACCUACGCCAGCCAGCCCUCAUCUGCUUUGCUCAGCAACACCCGUGCUCACCUGCGUUCCAGCGAUUGACGGCGCGACGAAGGACUUCACCAGAUCAUCCGUGCGGUGGGUCUGCUAGUAUCGGCUAGGCGUCUGCUAGCAUCGGCUAGGCGUCUGCUAUCCGAGUAAGUGGUCUUUGUGUUGCUACAGCCAUCUACAACGUUCUUCUUUGCAGCCUCCAUUGUUCAUUAAACAAAUUGCAAAAGAUUCACCAACACAGAUGUCCAGAAUACUGUGGAAUUAUGAAAUGAAAACAGAGCUUUUUUGUAUUGUAUUCAAUGGAGAAGGCAUACCUCUGUUCCUCGGGCUACGUCACGCGCAUACGUCAUCCUUCGAAGGCUUUUUCAACCGGAAGUGUGGCGGGAAAUUUAAAAUGGCACUUUAUAAGUUAACCCGGCCGUAUUGGCAUGUGUUUCAAUGUUAAGAUUUCAUCAUUGAUGUAUAAACUAUCAGACUGCGUGGUCGGUAAUAGUGGGUUUCAGUAGGCCUUUAAAAACCAAUUACAAACAAAACAAAUCUAAAAAUGUACAAAAACGUACCUUUUUUUUAUUUGCAUAGUAUGUAUAUAUUAUUAAUGUUGUCAAUACAAAUCUUUAUAUAUCUACAAAGGGUGGUCCUAAAGAGGUAGGCCUUUUUCAGAGGUCUCAAGAAGGUAAGAAAUACAAGAAUGAGUGUGUGGGCGUGUGAGUUUGUGUGUGCGUGUGUGUGUGUGUGUGUGUGUGUGUGUGUGUGUGUGUGUGUGUGUGUGUGUGUGUGUGUGUGUGUGUGAGAGUGCCUCACUGGCUGCAUGCACUGCGUCGGUGGGAGUCGGUCAGCAGCGCUGCCUCCUCUUCCCCACUUGCUGCCGCACAUAAGUCCCCCGGCUCCCACGGCAAUGAGGUCCCUCUUCGUCUUCCGCUUCUUCUCCGGUGCGAUCCGGAUCAUCUUCCUCCUGUGUUGCUGUGUUUCUCACGCUGGCUGCAAAGCUCCAUCGCCUUGCCCGAGUGGACAGUUUCUGUUGAAGAGCCAGUGCGUCCUCUGUCAUCCCACCUGCUUUGAGUGCCAGGGGCAUGAGCUGUUUGAAUGCACUACCUGUGGAGUGGAUGAAGAUGGACAGGAACGUUUCCUCCACCAAGGUCGCUGUCGGACCCACUGCCCGCGGGGACUGUAUCCUGACAGGGGUCACUAUGCCUGCCUGCCCUGCAAAGCCAAUUGUGAACUCUGCACAGAUGGCAACUUAUGUGCCAAAUGUCGAGAACACUACAAACUCCACAAUGGGCUUUGCCAAACAGCGCUCUGUGAUAUAGGACAGGUUCAGGAUCCUGACACCGGCGAGUGCAUUGACUGUGAAAUAGGCUGUAAAACAUGUUCCACAGAAGAGCCAGAGAUGUGCAACAGCUGUGCCGAAGGUUAUUUUCUUUUCAGACACCAGUGUCGCAAGCACUGUCCCCGCAGCACAUAUGAGGACUGGAGCAGGGGUGUGUGUUUGUCCUGUCCCACAUCCUGCACAGACUGUAGGAGUGACGCACGCUGCCUUGCCUGCCAGCCUGCUUACUUCUUAUAUGGAGACAAUUGUGUUCAACAGUGCCCGCAGCAGACCUUCACUGACACCACUGGGUGGCGCUGUGAGUCUUGCCACAGCUCCUGCCAGACAUGUCACGGGCCUCGGUCUACAGACUGUGACCUUUGUCUCGCUGGAAACCCUCCUCUUCAUGGGCAGUGCCCUCUGGCUAACUGCCCAUUGGGCCACUACUUUGAUGCCGAAUAUGCUAAAUGUCACACCUGUGACAUGUCCUGCAAGACCUGCUUCGGCCCACAACCACUGGAUUGUUCCUCUUGUUUUGAAGGCUAUUUCCUGGACCAGGAAAGUUCUUGUGUGGUGCAGUGUCCCUCCGGCUCCUACGCUAACUCCGCCACUCAGCUGUGUGAGAGCUGCUCGCCUAACUGCGAAGCUUGCGUGGGCGCCAGCGAUAACUGCAUCAGCUGCUCCAAGCAGGGCAGCUUUAAGCUCUUUCUCCACCAAGGGAUGUGCUGGUCAAAUUGCCCAGAGGGUUACUUUGAGACAACAGAGGGGUCAUGUGACGCCUGCGAGACUCCCUGCCUCACGUGCGACGCUGUCAGCACAAAGUGUCUGUCCUGCACUGACGGCCACUACUUGGAGGGCGGCGUGUGCACGCUCAACUGUUCACUGGGCACGUACCCUGCAGACGACGCCACCUGCAGACGCUGCCCCCCACAUUGCGACGUCUGCGCCGAUGACAGGACCUGUUACAAAUGUAGCUUCUUAUACCUGAUGCUAAAUGGCGCAUGUAAGGCUAAUUGUCCAAUGGGCUACUAUGAGGACCUGGAUGUGGGCCGCUGCGGUCUAUGCCACCCCACCUGUGGCAGCUGUUCUGGACCUUUGGUAGACGACUGUGACAGCUGCUCCACAUUCAGUCCCAAACUCUAUAAGGGCACAUGUUCAAAGGUGUGCCAGACUGGCACCUACUAUGAGGAUGCAGCUGCAGAGUGUCAAGAGUGCCAUCAGACUUGCACAAGCUGCUCCGGACCAGACCCGAACCAGUGCACCCAGUGUGAACGGGGCCUGGUGCUGGACCCGAACACACUCCUAUGUGGGGUGACCGGUGAUAGCGACUGCCCCCCAAAGACCUUCCUGCACGACGACCAGUUCACAUGCAUAGGCUGCCAUCGCCACUGCUACUCCUGCGAAGGGCCUGGCAGCCAUGAGUGUCUCACUUGUGCGGUCCCAACAUACCUUCACAACAGGACUUGCGUGAACGAGUGUCCAGCUGGCACGUACACGACGAGGCAGGAGGCAGACGGAACCCAGCUGGGGUUCUGUUUACCGUGUGACCGCGUAUGCGCCACCUGUACAGGGGUGUCGCCCAAAGACUGCCUGGCGUGUGCACCCGGAUACUUACACCUCCUUCAUCUGUGUGUCAGCCAUUGUCCUACCGGGUACUACCAAGCCGGCGCCCACUGUAAGAAAUGCGACCACUCCUGUGAGAUGUGCACGGGUCCGGGACCAGAGUCCUGUCGGCCCUGUCUCCCUCCUCUUCUGGAGCUGCAAGGAACCAAGAUGUGUGUUGAACGUUGCCCACAACGCUUCUACCAGCUGGACGAGGUGUGCAAGCAGUGCCACAUCAGUUGUCGCACCUGCACAGACGCCUCCCCUCAGAGCUGUGUGACGUGCGACAAUGGCAGCACGCUGAAGGACAAAGUCUGUUAUCCACGCUGUGAGGAGGGGAAGUACUUCACUGAAGAGGCAACCUGUGCGCCAUGUGACCGCUCAUGCCAACACUGCAGUGGUCCCAGACCUGACCAGUGUCUGAUUUGUCACCAAGAUUUUGGUCUCCACGCCGUGGAGAGUCGCUGUGCCCGCUGCUGCCAGGCAGGCGGCAACCAUUCAGACUGUUGUGUUUGUGACAGCCGCUCAGCUCUGUGUGUGGAGCUCACCGGACCCAGGUCAGGCGAGGAGCUGGUGACCGACAUGAACAUGUCAUCGAGAGUGCUCAAACACACCUCGGUGGCCGCGCCCGUCGCCCUGCUGGCGGCGCUGGUUUUGGCUGUGCUGGCCUUGGCUUUAGUGAAGGCCCGAGCCAGGAAGAGGCUCUGCUGGAAGCAGAGUUACGAGAGACUGAGCGGCAACGCCAACAUGCCUCACGGCGUGCCUGAACCGGACAGCGGGGACGAGGUGGACGUGGUGUACACCAGCAGAGGAGGCUCGGUGUAUCGGCGCUACAGUUUCAUCCACGAGCGGGACGCCCACGCUGAUCCUGUGGACGAGAGCACUUGUCUCAACCAGUCCUAGACCGGACCCCCUGAAGGGUACCAACUAAAAACACUGUGAUGUGUACGCCAGGUCACUAGAUGGCAGCCUUUGUGGCACAAGUCACCGUAUCAAUAGGAGGAGUUUUAGUGGUUCAAAAGUAAAAUGAUGAAUAUUUGUUGCUAUUUGAGUUGUGAAGGAAUUUAUCUUGACAAUAUCUACAAACAUUAUAUUUAUUUAGAAUUGUGACUAUCUCACAUAAGCCUUUUAUUACACAGUAUAUUCUCAAAGAAUGAAUGGUCAAAUAGGGACAAGAUUCAA